UAUGAGUUUGAGACCAUGCGGCGCUUCAUGAUUGACAUCAUCCAUAAUUUGGAUGUAGGGCCAAAUGCCACACGGGUUGGGGUGAUUCAGUACUCCAGCCAAGUCCAGAAUGUCUUCUCUCUCAAGUCUUUCUUCACCAGGGAAGAAAUGGAGACAGCCAUCAAUAGCAUUGUCCCCUUGUCUCAAGGCACCAUGACAGGCUUGGCCAUUCAAUACGCCAUGAAUGUGGCUUUUACCAUACAGAACGGGGCCCGGCCACUUCACAAGAAUAUCCCCCGCGUGGCUGUGAUUGUAACUGAUGGGCGGCCCCAGGACCGUGUCACUGAAGUGGCUGCUCAGGCACGAGCUACUGGCAUUGAGAUUUAUGCUGUGGGUGUUCAGCGGGCAGAUAUGAACUCUUUGAGGGCCAUGGCCUCCCCUCCACUGGAGGAACAUGUCUUCUUGGUGGAGUCCUUUGAUCUCAUCCAACAGUUUGGCAAGCAAUUCCAGGACAAGUUAUGCGUGAUCAAUUUCUGCAAUUUCAACAACCACAGUUGCCAGCAUGACUGUGUUAAUAUAGUCAAUGGAUAUUAUUGCCGAUGUCGCGAUGGCUUCACUUUGCAGGCAGAUGGCAAAACAUGCCAAGCCACUGAUCUCUGCAAUACUGUAGAGCAUGGAUGUGAAUUUAAAUGUCUCAGUAAGCCUGGCUCUUACCAUUGUGUCUGUCCAGAAGGCCAGCAACUGCAGGCAGAUAAGAAGACAUGUAACAAGUGCAAGGCUGGGCACAUUGACUUGGUGAUGGUCAUCGAUGGCUCUAAGAGUGUCCGGCCCCAGAAUUUUGAGCUGGUGAAACAAUUUGUCAACCAGAUAGUGGAUUUUCUGGACGUGUCCCCUCAAGGCACCCAUGUGGGACUGGUUCAGUAUUCUAGCCGGGUGCGCACUGAAUUCCCACUCGAUCAAUUCACCACAGCGGAUGAAGUUAAGGAAGCUGUUCAAAGAGUGCAGUACAUGGAAAAGGGCACCAUGACUGGCCUGGCCCUCAAGCACAUGGUGGAACACAGCUUCUCUGAGGCAGAAGGUGCCCGUCCUCUUUCUCAGAAUAUUCCCAGGAUUGGCCUGGUCUUUACGGAUGGACGCUCUCAGGAUGACAUCUCAGAAUGGGCUAGAAAAGCCAAAGAAUCAGGAAUCACCAUGUUUGCAGUUGGCGUUGGUAAAGCUGUUGAGGAAGAGCUGAGGGAAAUUGCUUCUGAACCAGUGGAGCAACAUUUUUCAUAUUCAGCAGAUUUCAAUACCAUGACUCAUAUAGUUGACAAUCUCAAACUCAAUAUCUGCCCAGAGGAGGGCACAGGAACAACUGAAAUCCGUAGCCCAUGUGAAUGUGCAGCUCUCGUACAGUUCCAGACAAACACUAUUGAAAUCCUACAAGACCUCACCAAUAAAAUUGCUCAGAUGAUGGCCAGACUCGAUCAUUUGGAAAACCAGAUUGCCAACAAAAAGUGA